AUGAACGACUAUAGUUCAUUAUUAGAUACACUCGGAAAUUACAAAGCAAAUAAUAACGACGACGAAAGCUUUUAUGAUAACUUGUACACCGUGCUCGGAUGUGUUCCAGAAAGUACGCUAGAACAAAUAUCGAUCGAAUAUAAGAAACGUGUUUUGACUUGUCACCCGGAUAGACUUAAACUCCAUGAAGACAAAUCAGCAGAAUUUCACAAAUUGCUAACAGCGUACAAGAUCCUAAGCGAUCCAACAGAGCGCGCGCAGUAUGAUAAAUGGCGUAAUUCCUCAAUUAAAGUCCCAUAUUUGAUGUGGAAAGGUCUUGGUGCACAAGCGCAGGCGGUCCAUUGGCGAGUACCUCGUGAGCGUUUGGCAAUCGAUAACGAGUGUCAUGGUGAUAAGGAAGGCGGUCUUAAUCAGAGUAUCAUAACGUCCAGCCCUAUGACAGUGGUGUAUAGAGAGCCGGAAGCGCCAUUUUGGAAGAACUCUGAUACUGACGAUCUUUAUGAAAAAUUUAGAAACUAUGAAAUAUAA